GGUGCUCUAAGAUGGGGAGAAUCCAACUGGCUGGAAGAGAAAACAGACUUGCAUCACAGCGACAACACCGAGCCCCACACAGCAUUGGAGGGCAAAGUGAUAUCCAUGGCCAUGGAAGCUAUGACUCCGAUUUUAGUGAUGAUGAGAACUGUGGAGAACCUAAAAAAAGAAAAAGGACAAUUAAUGAAGAUUCAUUGCUCAAAAAGCCAUUUCAGAAAGAGAAGUAUGCAAAAGUGGCUCAUAGACAUGUUGCAGCAGAGGAACUGGAUCGGGAAGAAGCAAGAAAUAGGAGGUUUCAUCUAAUAGCUAUGAAUGCUUAUGAAAGACAUAAGAAGUUGGUGAAUGAUUAUAUUUUAUAUUAUGGUGGCAAAAAAGAAGAUUUCAGACGUUCAGGGGAAAAUGACAAGACAGACUUGGAUGUUAUAAGAGAAAAUCAUAGAUUCCUAUGGAAUGAAGAAGAUGAAAUGGACAUGACUUGGGAGAAGAGGCUUGCAAAGAAAUACUAUGAUAAAUUAUUCAAAGAAUACUGCAUAGCAGAUCUCAGUAGAUACAAAGAUAACCAGUUCGGAUUUCGAUGGCGAGUAGAAAAAGAAGUAGUUUCAGGAAAAGGUCAGUUUUUCUGUGGAAAUAAACGAUGUGAUGAAAAAGAAGGAUUAAAGAGUUGGGAAGUGAAUUUUGGCUACAUUGAACAUGGUGAAAAGAGAAAUGCGCUUGUGAAAUUAAGACUAUGCCAAGAAUGUUCCUUCAGACUAAAUUUUCAUCACAGGAGAAAAGAAGUCAAACCAAAAAAGAUAAGAGAUAGAACAGAAGAAGGUGAAGACUCAUCAAAUAAAAAAUCCAAAUUAUCUUCUUCAAAAAUGAAGACUUCCAAGAAAAAGAAGGGAAAAGAACAUUCACCCUCAGAGAAAUCAGAAGGGUCAGAUAAUGAAAACUGUGAUGAGGAAGAAGGUACUUCAGAAGCAGAACUGUGGAAGGGUCCUCUGCAGGAAACAGAUGAAAAAUCACAGGAAGAAGAGUUUGAUGAAUAUUUUCAAGAUUUAUUUCUGUGAAACAUCCAGGAUAGAGCCUUUACUCCUUAAUGUGAAAAUUUUCCUUGAACCUCUUUUUUAAAUUAGAUUUUUAUGUUUUUUCUACCAAGUUAAAACUUGAGUAGUUUCUUUUUUAGGAAAAAACCAAUCAUUCAGCUACAUCUUAUAGGAGUGAUCUUCAUAUGAUAUGUUAACUCUCUUACAGAGUGCAGUUCUGCAUAACCUGUAGAGCUAAUUACUUCUGUAAAGGUUUAAAUCACUUGGCCACAAAGUAAUUUUCAUCACUGGUAAAAUUUGGAUAGAUAUUUUUGAGAAAGAUGAGAUGUGAUUUAUUUUAUUCUUACAAGGAGAUACUGUUCAUAUGUAGAAAGGGUAAAAAAACCUUACUGCAUUGCUUUUCCCAAAAAUUUCUUCCUCAAGUUCUAAAGAAGACAAUCCUUAUUUUUUAGCUAUUUCUCUAUGAUACUAUGAAAGCCAUAUGAAGAAAUUUAGUUAGGAUUGGAAGUUUGUUGGAGAGAACCAUAAGAAGCAUAAGGUCUCCUUAUCUCUGUUCUUUUCCAUAUGUUCCUAAAUGGAAUUUGUUUUGCUAAGGAGCAAAGGAGCCAACGAGUUCUGCACAGUGCAGAACCACUACUUGGGAUGAGGGGAGAGAAAGUAGGAGGUAGGGGUUGGGAAUGGAUAAUGACAACGUAGGCCUUCUUCCCUCCUACUGCUAAAUUUAGACAGUAUUAUCCUUAGAAAAUCAAUUUCAGUAUGUAUUUUGUUCCUUAUUGUUAGCAUGUCCUUUGUAUAAAUUACUACUUGGAAGUGACGCACUUUCUGAAAUACGUUAUCGGUAAAGUCCUUCUAUAGGUAAUAUUAUUACAGUGAGAUGUGGCCAAGUGUCUAGAGAGUUGGCCUCUGUUUUCAACAGAAAAACAUGGGUUCAUGUCUUACUCUGACACAUAUUGGCUCUGUGAUCUGGGUAAGUCAUUUAACCUCUCAGUGCCCCUAGACAGAUCUCUAAGACUCUAAUGUUGCAGAGCAGAUGUCAAUCUGCAUUAGUAGAGGGUUUUCCCAUACCAAUGAAAUCACAGGUCUAGUCUAUCUUUAUAAUAGAAUAUUCCAUAUUAUGAAACUGUGGGAAUAGCCUAUAGUAAGUGUUUCUGGUUUGUCUAAUUGCCUAAAAACAUAUUCUGCUACAAAAAUGCUUUCUCUGAUCUCUCUAUCUGUGAAAUAGUCAUUCCUAUAAAAGUUGUUGAUUUUAUUCUGUUUUUGGGGAAGAGGGAAACAGGAGUAAGCAGUUACUCCUAGGCCCCCUUUUACCUCCUACCUAAAUUCCCAGACCAUUUACUUCAAUAAAAUGUAACACAAAAAAAGUUUUACAAGCUUGGAGGUGGGGUGAAGAGGUUUGAGAGGAUCUCUUCACUUAUUAAUUUACUUCAGAGAAUCAGAAGCUAUAUUUCAUCUCUUAAUUCUUAGUAGGAGUAUGAUUUCUAGUAGUGUAAUCAUAACAAUAUUAACUCAUGUUACAUAAUUCUGGUUUACUUACCAAGUGUUUUGCCACAAAAAUCCCUCUGAAGAGUCGUAAUAUUAUCAAUACAGCAUGGUUCCACUAUAACUGCUAAAAUAUUUUAUUUUAUUUUAUUUUUACCAAUUCAGGCUGGUUUUCCCCUAUUGUUGUUACUCCAAAUAAAAUUUUUGUUGAGGCAAAAUUAGGAAGUAAGUCAAAUUUGUCUUCUCCACUCCCUGCUUGUUUCACUUUUCAUGACCCAUUCCCCCAUAAUUUUGGCAUGUUCUUUUAGGCAUCUACUUCUGUCCAGUUAGGUACAUGUCUAGCAAUCUCUCACUUUAGGUCUACCUUUCCUUUCCUGGCAACCUCACUGUGUCCUCCCAUACUUAGUAAAAAGUGUAAUUUGUUUAUCUUACAAAAGUCAUGGGCCACAUGGGGUCCCAUGUAUAAAAUAUUGCUGUUGUAUAUUUCAAAUGCAAGCUUUAAUCUUGGCUUCCAAGAGUUUGUGUGCUUUCCAAAGUGCUUGCCUCUGAGAAAACAGUUUAUAUAUACUGGGAGAAUUUAACCGAAUAAGUUUUAUUUAUAUAUACAUACACAUUCUUGGAUAUAGUAACGCAGAUAGCCCAUAAAAGGGGAGUAGGUCAGUAAAUAAGUGAUGGAUGGUAUUGAGGAAAUGGGAUGGAAGUGACCACAGGAUUCUAGUUCAUUGCAACAUUAACUUUUAAGAACUUUUAUAGAGUUGAUUAAUCAUUAUCAUAGUAAACCACAAAAUGUAUAAUCGAAUCUGUUUUUUUAAAAAAAAUGUUCGCUGUAGACAUUUAUUUAAUCAUCAGGUUUGAUAUAUUGGGCACUGUGGAGGAGAAUAAUAUGCAAUUUGUCCUAUGCCAUUAGGAAGCCAUAAAUAGUCCAUUCCUGGGUUAGUUACUAUAGUGUGUGAUCUACAGUGUGUUAAAUGAAUUCUCUACUCAAAUUAUUAGCCUGUUGUUUUUAAACAAAUUAUAUCUUAAUUAUAAAAAAUGUGAUUUUUGAGAAUAGAAAGGAUUGGAUAUGUUUGUAAAUAAUAGGAAUAAGAUAUAAAUAGUUGAAUAUACAAUAAAAUAUUUAAUAAGAUACUUUCAUUCUUUAUAUUUAUAGUACUGAAAGAGUUCCUAUAGUAACUAACUGAAAAUCAUAAUGGAAAAGAUGACUUUAAUAAAUUGUAGUAUCAUAGGUAUAGUUUUUGAAAUCUUUAGGUUUUAAAACAUAUUUAAUGUUAAUUGGACAAGGAGGUGGAGCCAAAGUAGCACAGUAGGAGGAAGUGAUGUUCCCAUCAACAAAACUAUUCCAAAUAGAUCUAGAAAAUGCACCAAAUUGAAUCCUCAGAGGGAAAUUCCCCCCAAAAAAGUCAUUCCUUGAGUCCUUUCUCAAGCUCAUUUUGGUAUAGGAAGAAAGAUAGCGAUGGAUGGAUCAAUCUAAGAGCAUAUCAUGUGUGGAACACUACAGUGCCCAGAGUGAGGGCAAGAGGAAGUCCUAGACCCAUAUCAGGGUACUGAGAUGGAAACAGUUGCUAACUGGCAGAUUUGUCACCCACAACCAAGUUCUGGGUCAGGGAUCCAGGACAGACAGGAAGGGCACCUGCUCUAAGAGGGGGCAUUCCUCAGUAGACAGGCCCUGGGUGGUAUACUGAGAAAGGAGGAAAUUUAGAAGAGAUUAGCAGCUAUGUGGCUCAGACAACAGGAGUAUAGUAGGAUCUCAGUUUAGCAUCUAACCCAGCCUUCAGAGGUAUAGCAAGAAUCCCAGACCAAUCCCAGCCUGCAGUUUUGUCACUCAGAACUUCUGGCUAGCUAAUAGGGCUAGAGCUUAGAUUAGGGAGGCAGCAGGCUUUGCAUCAAUCAGACCACUUUGGGAACAUUGAAAGCUUGCAGAUCCCCAGCCUGUCGUUGAGAUCCUGGAAAAGCACAAUACCUCCUCACUCCAUGCCUUAAAAAAAUAGCAAAAAGGCCAGAUCAGACCUCUACAUAAGUGUUGCAGAGCCCAACCUUAACAUUAAGCUUAAAGUCUGGAAGUAGGUUAGAAGAAUGGGUAAACAAAAAAAGAAUCCUACCAUAAAGAGUUAUUGUGGUGGCAAGGAUGCCCAAGACUUGAAAACAAAUCCAAAACAUCUACAAUCAAAACCUCAAAGAAAAACAUAGCUUGAGCACAGACUUAACUAGAAUUCCUGGAAGAAAUGAAGCAAGAGUUUUAAAAAGUUUUUAUAAAUGAAAUGGGAGCACUUGAGGAAACAACUGGGAAAGAAAUGAGAGCUAUGGAAGAAAGAACUGGAAAGGGAAUUCGUUGCUUGGCACAAGAGGUACAAAAUCCUUAUCCAAAAAACAAACUCCCUGAAAAUUGGAGUAUACCAAAUUGAAGCCAAUGACUACAUGAGAAAAAUAUUAAAACAAAGUCAAGAGGCUGAAAAAAAUAAAAGAUAAGUUAAAAUAACUGACCUGGAAACAGAUUAAGAAGAAAAUUUUGUGAAUCAUUGGACUACCUGAAAGCCGUGACCAAAAACUGAACCUAGACAUCCUUUUUCAAGAAAUCUUAAAGAAAAAAAAAAAACGAAAAAACCUCUAUUCAAAUUUCUUAGAACCAAAGGGCAAAGUGGCAACAGAAUCCACACGUCACUUCCUGAAAGAUAACCCAUAAAUGAAAACUCCAGGAAACAUAGCUAAAAUUCAGAGCUUCUGGGUCAAAGGAGAAAAAUGCAAGCAGCCAAGAAGAAAGAAUGAAAGAAUCAAGGCACCAUAAUCAGAAUAUCAGAUGAUUUAGCACUCACCAUUAUAUAGGAGCAGAGAGCUUGGAAUAUGACUGUCCAGAAGGUAAAGGAUAUAGGUCUAUUACCAAGAAAAAAAAUGAAUAUAACCUUGGGGAGGGUGGACAAUUAAUUGAAUAGAGGAUUAUAGAUAUAUAGUAGAUAGAGCAAGGAAGUUAUGUUUAAAUAAUAGAGAAAAUCUAUUUAAAGAGCUCUCUUUAAAAUCAGGUAAUGGAUUUAAAGGUCAAUUCUCUGUUAUAACACAAGCUUUACUAGAUCUUAAUCCAGUUGGUAGAUGUCAGUUUAUCAUUGGUUUUAUGAAGACCCUGGAAUUAAUCCGUUGCUAUUUUUUUUUUUGCUACAAUACACAAAAUCUAAAUACUUUGAGGCAGAGGGUGAGGAUAAGAACUGAAAACCUUUACAAUCUAUUAUAAACUCAAUACUUCAUAAAUAUAAAUUUAAAAUGUUUAUUGAAGGCAAUGGCAAUAUAAGGUGUGACUGAGAAUUAACUCCAGAGACUGCAACAUAUUUUUCUGAAUAUCCCCAAAUGGUAGCCAACUUUUGUACUUUGAAAAUAAAAAGCAGCAUGGGGUCAUAGAAAAAACGUUUGGCUUAGGCUACCUGAUUUCAAUUUCUGACUGUAACUUAGCAGUUUGUCAUGAGCCUGUCACUUUACCCCUUUCUAUUCCUCUCUUUCUUUCUAAAAUGGAGUUGAAUUAGAUGACCUCUAGGGUCUCUUCCAGCUUAGAAUAUGAGUAAGUGAUUUGACUUCUGGAAACAGCCAGAAACCAAAUCUCAUGUAUAAGAUGGUGGAUCAAGCUAGUCAACAUCAAACUGGAUCAAGGUGAAGUAUGAUUAUAAAUGAGAUUGAUUUUAUGCAGUCCAUUAGCUGGCCCUGAAGGCAGUUUCAGAAGAAGGGUGCCAAAAAUGGCUUGAAUAAUGUUAAAUGUUCCAAAUGGAAUGCUUUACAGGAAAGUAGUCUUUUAGAUAUAUACAUUCUGUGUUUGCAUAUAAAAAAUCAGGCUCAUUACUUUAUAUUUUCUUUAUUCCAUUGAUGUGCCAUUGAAUAGAGGUAAAACCAAUUUGAAGGUAUUAAUUACUUCAGUAUUUUAAGGAAGCCAUGCUUUCGUUGGUAUGACUAAACCCUAUUGCACCAGUGCAUUUUGCCAGCCUUCUUCAUCCUGUGCAUUUUUUAUUCAAGUCUUCCAAUAAAUUCUCCAUAGAGAACCUACCCAGUUUGAAUAAGACAUUCUUUUAAUAUUUUAUGGAUACCAGUGAACUGAGUCUAUUUUGUACUCUAUAAAUGACCUGCUUCCCUAUCCAGUCAUACAUGUCCUUAAUGAUUCCUAUGUUAAAGAAUAUUAAGAUGGAAAUUUGUCAAUAAAACUUUAUUUUGCUGCUUAAAAUGAAACCAUUGGUGCCAAGUAGAAUAUAUUUAUAUACAUUUUUAAGAAUAAAGGAGCCCUUCAGGUGUUUUGAAUUGCUAUUCUAAUUUAGAAAUCUUUUGACAUCGUCUUUUUUUUUUCUGUUUUAGUCUGAAGUAGAUUAUUUCUAUUUAGUUUUUAGUUUUAAAUUACUGUGGACUCAAGAAAUUUACCAUAUGUUCAAAGUAAUGUUUCCUCCGUUUUAUUUUUUUUCCUAAAUAAUACUUUUUAAAUGUCUGGCAAAUAAUUCCAGAAAUAUUUUUAAAUGACAUAAAUAAGUGUGUGUGUGUGUGUGUGUGUGUGUGUGUGUGUGUGUGUGUUAUGAAGCUGAAGAGAUGAUGGUUCUUUGUAAGGACAUGAACUUUUUGUAACUUAACAAAAUAUUGUCACAAAGAUUUAAGUAACAGGAAAGAUGCUUUGAGCCUCUGUUGGCACAAAGCUGUGAUUUAUUAUAGGCUGCUGGGAAGUGAUAUAACCUAGACAAUUAAAAUAUCAAGUAAGAAAUAUGGGGAAAAAAAGGAUGAUGUUUAUUCCAGGUGGAGGAAGUCUUGAGUGGUUGGUCUCUUCAUCUUGUACUUCUUCUUUCUUGUACCCAAAUUUUUGUCGACUUGAAGGAUUUUGACUCUGGAAGUUGGUUUCAGGUAUUAAAAGGAAACUGAUUUCUAACAAAUAGUUUAUUAAAGUUUUGUGGAUAGUACAUGGAUUGUAUAUGAUUUAAGUCUAAAACCUAAGAUUUGAGACCAAAAGAUUUGUACUUUGUAUUUUUGCUAUUUUUGAUGAUUCUUUUGUUUUAUUGUUCUUUACUUGGUUAAACUCCAUGGAAACGCUUUGGUCAUUUUCUGUUUUUCUCCAUCAAUAGAAAAUCUUUGUGUCUUAGUCCCAUUGGAUUACAUUACAAAAUUUGACACGUUUUGGAUUUUUUGUCAUCACCAGUACUUCCUAAAUCUUCUUCAGCUAGUAAAAAACAGCAGAAAGUUAAGAUGUUAGUUUACAUACAUCCUUUAAAUGUCAAUAACAUUGGUUUUGCUUUCCGAGUAAUAACUUUAAUACUAAAUUAGUAAUUUCAUUUUGAGGAACCAUUCGAAUUUGACCAAGUUGAAUUCAGAUUCUCUAGUUGUACAUUUUUUAAAAAAUGGAUUAAUUGGAUAGAAAAAAAAGAUGAUAUGUUAGUUGGCAUCUUCAUUUUUCAAAAGACAAAAACACUGAACCAUCCAUAUUGGAAGAAUAUAAUAAGUAAAAUGCUUAAUUUGGUAUUUCAGAAAAGUAUGGUUUAAAUAAAUGUUUAUUUUAAAAAUAACUUCAGGAACACAUUGUGUUCUUUGUGUCUAUAUGUGUAUAUGUGUGGUGAAAUUAAAAGAUACAGAAACAUCACUCCCAGAAGACAAAAAUAAAUCAAGAAAACUUAAGAGAGUUGAGCUAAAUAAAUAAAUAAAUGUUUGGUAUGAAGUGUAUGUGACCUGUCUAUUGACUAGAUAAUAAAAAAGUUCAUUUUCUAAGAAAUUGUAUUACUUAUUACUACUAAAGCAUUGUGUCCCCUUUAAAUAUUAGUUUAGUAAAUGUACUUUUUCUAAGUGUUAACUUUUCCAGAAUGAUUCCACAGAUUUGAUUUUAUUGGUCUUGUUUAUGUUCUUUUCAGUGGAAAUUGAUGAUGUCAGCUGCACUUAUAUUAACUUAGC